AUGUUCCCAUAUAUAAUACCAGCUCCAGGCGCCUGCGUCUCCUCUUCCUCCACAGACCUCAAUAAUGCUCUCCCACAACUUCAAACUCCCCCACCCCCCAAAUACAAACCCCCCCACAACCGAAUACCGCCAACUCAUCUCCCGCGCCAUAACCCAACGCCUGCACUCCCCCACCCCCACCAACUCCUCACUCGACGCCUGGGAACUCGCCGAGCGAAAAGUCGCGCGCGCGAAAGCCCGAGAGCGACUGUGGAAAUUGGGCGUUUCGUGGGGUACAGUCUACCCUACUACUACUACAACAACAUCGCUGCCAGUGUUAUUGAUCAUGCCUCAGAUCAAUUCGUGCGGGAUGUUGAAAGGGUGGGAGGGGAAGUGCAUGUCCUCACGCCGACGAGGUAUCAGGCUUCGGAGGGUGAGGCGGUGGAGCGGGGGAAUGAGAGGGCUGUGAGGCAGAAUCAGAAGAUUGGGGAGCAGUGGGGUUAUACAUGGGGACGUGUGGGACUCAAGGUCUAG